CUUAUUUUCUCUCUCGCUACAGCCUAGAGCCUAGAGCCUUUUCUUUCAACCAUUUGAGGAGAUCGAUCAUGGGUGUUCCUCUUGAAGAGAAGGCUCUUGGAGAAAAUAUUCACAGCCUCGAAGAGAAAGUCUCUGUGUUUUUCGGUGAAGACAUGCCGGGAGAGGGAGGCUCAGACGACGGGUCGUCUUUGGAAGCCAAACCGGAUGAAUAUGAAUCCGACACCAAUGCCUCGCCUGACCCACUUGAGAGAACCCUGUACUGGGAAUCUCAACAGGCCUUGCUUCAGGAGAUUUUAGAGCAGUAUAACUCAACAGCCUCAAAUUUCCGGCAAGAGAUAAUCCGAAUAAUAGAGGUUGCUAGAAAGGUGGAUUUUUGCAAAUGCUCCAAGCCAAGCUUCGAUGGUUGCAUCCACUGCUUUCGACGAGGAGUUGUCAAUUUGCUUUCUGACAAAGGAUUCAGGGCCACUCUCCUCACCUCAAAAUGGACACACACUAAAAAGUAUCCCGGAGGGACACACGAGUAUAUUGAAGUGAUAGCAAGUACAAGCUCUCGAAAGAAGCAAACGCCAUUCCUGAUUGAAUUGGAGUUCCGGGACCAAUUCAAGAUUGCCAAAGCAUGCGACAAGUACCACAAGCUUAUAACCCAAUUGCCAGAAUGUUACGUGGGAAAACCUGACUACCUCAACGCCAUUGUUCGGGUCGUGUGUGAUGCAGCCAAGAGGUCGAUGAAAGAAAAGAAAAUGCAUAUGGGUCCGUGGCGAAAAAGAAGCUUCAUGCAGAUGAAAUGGUCCGGCAGUUCUAUUGAGAGGUCUAAUUUUGAUGAGCCCCUCCACCAACUUUCGACUCCGUCCCUUUUGCUUAGGCAAGCGAGGGAGUCAUGCUUACACUUUGCUGCCGCUCCGGCAGUGGUUGUCACCUAAUAUCCGCUGGCCGGAAUUUAACACGCCGGUUGCCGUCCACAAUUUUGUCUCUCUCUUUUUGGGCUGGUACUACAAUAUAUAUGUUAUAUUAGGUAGAAUAUAUAUAUAUAUAUAUAUAUAUAUAUAUAUAUAUAUAUAUAUAUGUUGCUGGACUUCUGUAACUAAAUAUACUGUGGUGGAUGCAUGAGACUGAUCUAGGCAGACCCAGUACUGCAAAGCUUCUUUUUUUGAAUAAGUAGUAGUGUAUCUUUGGGUCAUAAAAUAUAAAUAUAUAGAAGAGGUUGCAGUGCCUUA